AUGCUCCUCCGCUCAGCCCUUCGGCCCUCUCUCUUUGCCCACACUCCCAUAUCCAAGGCAAUCGCCGUGCCUCGAGCACCGUCGCGAUCUCCCCGUCUUAACCGACCGGUCCUGGUGGCGUUCGGCCUGUCCCUGUCCAUCCCAUUCCUCCAACCACGGCCCAUCACCCGCCUAGACACAUCACCUGUCUCGCCUCAAUCUUCGUCACAAGCCUCCCCAUUCAGUAGCACAUCAUACACACACUCGCGGGACGCAAAGACCCCACUCACGAAAGAUGGAAAGACACUCAACCCGGCCGCCGUGAAACAAAUCAGCCUGGGCGCGAUCCUGGGCUUGGGUGCCGGCGUGCUGCUGUCGGCAUUCUCGAGGAGUCUGACGCUUCUGAUUGGAGUGGCCAUCGUGGUCUGGCAGUACGCCGCUCGCAAAGGCUACAAUUUUAUCCCUGUCGACCGUCUGCAGCGGCACGUGAAGAACGUCGACCUUCGCAGCGCCAUCAACGACAACGUCGCGUUCAAAAUCAGCUUCGGCCUCUUGUUUGCGCUCUCCGCGUUUGGCGAGUUCUAG